UAAAACCAUCCCCUUUACUCACUCACCCAACUUUCCCGGCACUGAGUUAGGCUAACUUAGCCGUCGGAGUUUUCUUCAUAUCCCCAAAAUACCCUCAUCUUUUCAUCUAAUUUCCAAUCUAGACCCUCUCUGCUAAAAUAGAAUAAAAACGGAAAACGGAAAGGCAAAAUCACAAGCUCUUUUUUUUUUUUUCCUCAUAUUGGAAGGGAGUGAAACGGGACAAUGGUAGAGACGGUGGCGCGUGAAAGCGACGAAGAGCUAGCGCUGUUGCCACAUCAGAACAAUGGCGACCGGUCAUGGCGGUUGAACUUUGAUGGUUUCCAGUUAUCGCCUGAACACAAAGAUGUUAAGAAGCCUCCUCGGAGCCUCCAUGAUUGCCUCGGGGUUUUAGGUCCAGAAGACAACGUGGCUGAAUACUAUCAGCAGCAGGUGGAAAUGCUCGAGGGUUUUAAUGAAAUGGAUGCCUUAGCUGAACGUGGUUUUAUUCCUCGAAUGUCGAAGGAAGAAAGGGAAAGGUUGGCUAGAAGUGAGACGUUAGCCAUUAGAAUUUCCAAUGUUGCAAACAUGGUUCUUUUUGCUGCUAAAGUUUAUGCUUCUGUCCGGAGUGGCUCGUUAGCUAUAAUUGCAUCCACGUUGGACUCGCUUCUCGACCUUCUGUCUGGCUUUAUCCUCUGGUUUACUGCGUUCUCUAUGUCAACACCAAAUCCAUAUCAGUAUCCUAUUGGAAAGAAAAGAAUGCAGCCACUGGGUAUCCUUGUUUUUGCCUCUGUCAUGGCAACCCUUGGCCUGCAGAUAAUCUUGGAGUCUGUACGAACCAUGGUAUCAGAUGAUGAUGAAUUCAACCUUACGAACGAACAAGAACGGUGGGUUGUUGGCAUUAUGCUCGGAGUGACCCUGGUAAAGCUUUUCCUUGUGUUUUAUUGCCGCACAUUUACAAAUGAAAUUGUCAAAGCGUAUGCCCAAGAUCAUUUCUUCGACGUUAUCACAAACAUCAUUGGCCUCGUUGCUGUGCUGCUCGCAAAUUACAUCGAUGAUUGGAUGGACCCAGUUGGAGCUAUCAUUCUGGCUCUAUACACUAUCCGGACAUGGUCGAUGACGGUACUAGAGAACGUGAAUUCAUUAGUCGGAAAAUCAGCAGCUCCGGAAUACCUUCAGAAACUAACAUACCUGUGUUGGAACCACCACAAGGCCAUAAGACAUAUCGAUACUGUCCGAGCCUACACCUUCGGGUCUCACUACUUCGUGGAAGUUGACAUUGUACUCCCAGCAAACAUGGCAUUGCAAGAAGCUCAUGACAUUGGGGAAUCAUUGCAAGAAAAGCUGGAGUUACUGCCAGAGAUUGAGCGUGCCUUUGUUCAUCUGGAUUAUGAAUUCAGUCACAAACCUGAACAUGCACAAGCACAUGCUUUGUAGACAAAUAAAUAACCUAGGAUGUCUUAAGUGCUAUGUCUAUGAUCCUCCCCCUCCCCCUUUUUUUUCCUGGGAUUUUACCAUCAAAUUCUAUGAAGUAUGUAUGCUGCGUGAAUUGAGCCAUAUAAAAGCAAUUUAAACUUUAUGGCAAACAUUUGUAAAUGCAACAUGUUUAAUUUAAUUUAGUUGGUGUCAUCAAGUGAUGCUAAUUCAGAAAAAUUAAA